AUUGUGUAUUUUAAGUAACUGUAUAUGUUUGCUGAGGCGUAAUUUUAAGAGUUUUUUGGUAUUUUUGCUUGAUCCGUUCGUCAGUUUGGUGAAUUCUACUGAAUUUCGGAGAUUUUAUAUCAAAAAAGAUGUUUCCUUUUUCAACUUGUUUCACUGCGUUUCUUUUAUUUCUACUCCUUUUUUUCAAGUUUCAAUUUUGCGUUACUAAUUAGACAUUUCUCCUGUUUUUGUGAACAAAUUAUUAUAUUUCUAUUAUUCAAUCUUCGAGAAAUUAGUUUUUCCUUCUUCGAUUUCGGAAGUUGUGGAUUCCUUUUUCUGAUUUGAAAUAUUACUGCUUCUGUCCUAUAAAUUUGAUAAUUGCUGGAAAUGUCAUCACUGUUUAGGGAAGGGAUUUGAGCUCAGUUAAAGCUGGGAUUUUUGUUCAUUCCAAUUUCUAAUUCUCAGAUUUUGGUGGAAAAAAUGUCAUCGUCUGAAGCUAUGACGUCCAUGGCCAACCGGGAGCCGUUCAGCAUGAGCUCGCCGACGCCGACGAUGAACCCAGCAGCUUCGCAACCGCAGCUGAACCAGCAAAUGCACAUGUCCUUUAUGAAUUCUGAUGGGGGCGGCGCAUUCAGGCCAGUAUCGCCACCUGCUCCAUUUCAAUCUGUCCCCUCCGGCGCUGCAGUUAUAAGCCAGUCUGCUGCUGAGCAGAAACGGAAGAGGGGCCGACCAAGGAAGUACGGGCCUGAUGGCAGCAUGAACCUUCCAUUGGGUUUGCCUCAGCAGCCCAAUGCGCAGCAGAAUUUAUCCCCUCCACCAGCGGGUGCCGUGGUUCCUCAUUCAGCGCAUAUGGAGAGCUUGCCGCCCAUUGAUGGAUCGGGCUCACCCACAGCCAAGAAGGCCAGAGGCAGGCCCCGGGGUUCGAGGAAUAAGGCAAAGCAGCAUCCCGAAGUUUUAGGUUCAACUGGUAUUGGUUUCGUACCACAUAUUCUCAAUGUGAAUGCUGGAGAGGAUAUCUCUUCGAAGAUAAUGGCCAUUUGCCAGAAUGGACCCAGGGCAGUUUGUGUUCUCUCUGCCAAUGGGACCGUAUCCAUGGUAACGCUUCGUCAGCAAGCAACAUCUGGUGGAACUGCCACCUUUGAGGGUCGGUUUGACAUCUUAUCCCUCUCUGGAUCGUUCAUGCUAACUGAAGUUGCCGGUCAGAAAAGCAGAAUUGGUGGGUUGAGUGUUACUUUAGCUCAACCUGACGGAAGUAUUAUGGGUGGUUGUGUUGCUGGUUUAUUGGUUGCUGCAUCCCCAGCUCAGGUUAUAGUGGGAAGCUUUCUGCCUGAUGGCCAAAGGGAUGUUUCGAAAAAUUAUGUGGAACCUUCAUCAGCUCCAAGAUUGAACCAAGGUGGUGGUGCUGGUGCCAGCAGCUCGCCAUCACGAGGAACUCUCAGUGAAUCCUCAGGUGGACCUGCAAGUCCACUAAAUUUGAGCUCCGGUGCUUACAACAUGACACAAGGCAUGUCGGGCAUUCCAUGGAAAUAACUAGUUUUUGCAAAAUGCUUCCUUGGAGUAUGAAGAUUAUGUGACAUUAGAGUUGCUGUAAUAUUACUUUGUAGUAGAGAGAGAGAGAGAGAGAGACGAAAGAUGGCAUUCCUUGUUUGGAAUGCAUGUAGUAGAGCUAGGAUCUUACCCAACUGAUGUUCUUGUUUUGCCAUUCCAGCUGGUGGAGUUGAGUUGUUGUUGUAGAAACAUUUUUUAGUUUAAAUCUUCUUCUGACUUAGUGAUUUUGCGUUUUCUUAUAGUA